AGUAAGUUUAUUGUUUGCUAUUCCCACACACAAACGGAAACACUUUCCAUCGACUGCAAAGUUGACUGGUUUUGAAGACUACAAGGUGUUCCAUAAAUCGUCUCAGACGACGUAUUGAAGUUGAAUAUUGGAUACACAAGAAGGUGGAAGCGAUAGAGCAUUGCGAAAUGGCAUUCCUUGGACGAGUCAACAAUCAAGGAACCUUUAUCGACUGCGAGGCAUUCUGUGGCCAUCAGCAGGACUCAGCUGGCUCCUUCCGAGAAGACGAGGCGAGUGCACUGCUCCCGAGGCCGAAGGGCUCGAGGACCUACAUCAAGACCUACGACAAGGAGAGCCUGCUGCGCUCCAUGGGAAGCCCCAGCACGGUGCGCUAUGUGGGCAGCUCCGUGUCGUCCAGUGAAGUCACCUCGUUGGACGAGACGGAGACCUCCACCCUGCGCUGCGGCUCGGAUGUGUCCUUGGGGCACCACGAUGGUCAACUGGGAGAGGGAGAGGAUCUCGCCCUGCAGACCGAGUCGGAGACGCUCUGCCUGGAACUGGACAGUCCUAGUAGUAGUCAGAGCAGCGGCAGUAGUCGAACCCCUUCCUCCACGUCCUGCUCGCCCUCCUCUUCCGACAAGGGUUCAACUACCUCCAUGUGCAGCUGGGAGGAGGCCAUGUCCCGGGACGAGAGCAUGCUGCCCCCGCAAGAGUUGCCACAGGGCCUCAGCCUGCCCUCGCUCCACCUAGGGUCCAACGGAGUCGCCCGAUCGCCGCCACUCACCUACACCCGCCGCCUCGAUCCCAUCCGGGUGCAGCGUUCCGCGGGCGAGGCCUACGAGAACUGGCUGUCCGGGAAGCGGCGUCAGUGCCAGUACAGGCUCCAAGCAGAGCAGGCCGAGAGAGAGGAGCAGCGGGAGAGAAUCGCUUUACGGCAGCGGCUGGCCAAGGAGAAGUACGAGCAGUGGUGUCAACAGAAGGCGCAGAAGGUCAACUCGAGCUCCCCCAAGAACACCCAGGUCCCCGUCCACAUCCCCGCCAGAAAAAACCCAGCCUCUGUCCAGCACCACCUGCAGGAGUGGGAGCUCCAGAAGAUGAGGCUGAUCGAACAGCGCCGCCAAGAACUGCGAAGCGCCGAGCGGCGGCGAGAGCACGAGAAGACCAUCCGCCGGCAGCAGGCGGAGCAGGCCUUCAGUCGGUGGAUGAGCAACGUGGCCCAGAGGCCCAAGCCGGUGCCCUCCAGCCAGGGAAUGAAGUCGCUGCGCGGCACCGUUUCCGACAUCUUUAUAAACCCCAAUCAGUGGGUGGACUGAUUGAUUGAGCGAUUGAUUGUGCUUCGCCCAGACGGGAUCCUCAAAAGGUGAGAGAUAGCUCGCCCAGUGAAACCAAAGUUUUAAACAGUAAAUCCAUAUUUACCCUUUAUUUACUAUUAAAUACCCAAGAAAGUAAA